GCGGCCGCAGCCGGAGAGUGCGAGGCGCGCGGCCGCGGCUCCCCGGCGAUGGGUUCACCGUCCACUCGCUGGGCCGCUGCCACCGGGAGCCCGGGCCGAGCAGUGCCGCCGCCGCCAGACGGCGAGAGCCGCGACCAGCCGGUGAACUAUUUCUGGGGCAUUCCCUUCUGCCCCUCUGGGCUGGAUCCCGACCAGUACACCCGCGUCCUGCUGUGCCAGCUACAGGCGUAUGAACGCUGCCUGAAGCGGGCGCAGAGCCGCUCCCUGGUCAAGGCCGACUUCGGGCCGCCGUUGCUGCCCGGGCCCGGCUCGGCCCCGUCUCGCCACGGAGCGCAGCUGGACAAGGCCGACUGGGGGAAAGACGACUUGGCCGCGGGGGACAAGGAAGUGAUGAAAACUCGCCCGGACGCCGGUGGUGGUCGGACACAGUCAUUAAAUGUUUCUGCUGAAGAAAUCCUGAAGGAUGGUGGAGAAGAGAACAGUGAACAAGGAGAGUGUGAUGACACCAGACGGUUUGGUUCCUCUGCCAACCAUGAUCAUCACCUGGAAGAUGAUGUGCUGUUUAUUGAUACAGCUGCAUCUGCCACCACCCGAAGAGGUCAAAGAGAUCCUGAAGGUCCUGACGUGCAUGAAGAGACGCAACAAAGCUUAUCUGAAGAGAUACAUCCGGAGGGUGAACGUCCUCAAGGAUCUGACAAUGACUCAACUCCGGAGCCUGAGGACCUACUGUUGAUAGAAGAUGAAGCUGAGGAAUUUGCCACCAUCUCGCCAUCCAAGAAACCUGCUGUUGAGUGUCCGAUUUGUGGUCAGCCGUUCCCGUUAGAGAAGAUAGAGGUGCAUGCGGCUGAUUGUAACGGUGCCUGUGAUGGAGGAAGUGAGCUGCAAGUGCAGACACGCAGCCACACACGCAAAGUGGCGAGAAAGAACUGCACAGCAGGAUCCAAUCUAUCAACACUGAGACUAUGAAAACUGCAGGCUGAGUGGAAGGAAUGUGCUGGGUUCCCUGUCUCGGAAUUGUUUCUGCUCCAGCCCAACCCAGAGGCCGAGUGAGUACGCCUCUGCCACCCCAGGAUUCGGGCACAGCAUUUGCUAUGGGCCCAAUGUAAAUAAUUUCAUUAAAAGUCACUUUCAUA